ACGCCAGUCUGACCCUCACAGGGCGCCGCAGUUGUCAAUCUCUUCGUUGCAAAUUGUUUUGUAGUAAAUUAAUGGCUCUCGCACGUAUGAACACUGCAAACUUUCCAUAUUCCCUGCAGAACUGCCAAAGCUCUACUCGCUUGCAUUGACCGUAAGUAAACCGUACUAUUCGUCGGUAUCGACUCAUUAAUAACAGUGAAGCCACGCAGGCCAUGAAGCCCUCUUUUCCUGGUAAAGAGUCGCGAUGGACUGAUUGACCUGCACGCUACGCUGUCUGUGCCACCGUGUGGUAAAAGUGCAGGGCAUUAAUUGUUUCCCGAGUAUUAGGAUGUAAUCUGUUUAUCUCCCGAGGCCGCCCGUGUUGAGAUAACCACAGCUGAGUUUAAUCACCUCAAAGCAAAAUGGACUCUUUUCCCAGGAAGGUUUGCAGGCUGCUGUGCUCGGUGCUGGCUCUGCCUUUGCACGCGAUGGAGCGGCUGGGCCUGUGCGGCGCGUACAAACCGUUGUUCCCCUUCCUCGCCUACAACAUUACAUUUUCGUACAACGAUAAAAUGCACGACACCAAGAGAGAACUUUUCCGAAACGUGGGCAGACACGCAAGUUUGUGCGGGAGCCUUCACCUGCUGGAGAUCGGUUGCGGCAGCGGGGCCAACUUCCAGUUCUACCCGUACGGCUGCACCGUGACCUGCACCGACCCCAACCCGCACUUCGAGAGGUACCUGCGCGUGAACAUGGACGCGAACGCGCAUCUGAGUUACGAGCAGUUCAUCGUUGCCCGCGGAGAAGACAUGGCGGUUGUGAAGGACGAGUCCGUGGACGUCGUCGUGGGCACCUUGGUCCUGUGUUCCGUCAGCAGCGUGCGGCAGGUGCUGCGGGAGGUCCGCCGCAUUCUCAGAAAGGGGGGCGCAUUCUAUUUUUUGGAACAUGUUGUCUCAGAUCCAUCCUCCUGGACAUACUUCUUACAAUAUGUGCUUGAGCCUCUGUGGUACUAUCUCGGUGAUGGAUGCGUGAUUACUAGAGAAACAUGGAAAGACCUUGAGGCGGCUGGUUUCUCUGAACUUCACUUCAAACACAUCGAGGCUCCAGGCGUCACUGUCGUGAUCCGACCCCAUAUCAUGGGAUAUGCUGUUAAAUGACUGCAGAGAUAAAUGAAGUGGGUUUUUUUCUUUCUCUUGUUGUUAAAUGUUUAUAAUAUUGGUCCAGUCAAUUAUUGACAAUACUGUCUACACUAUUAACACACUACUGAUUGUGAAACAGCCAAACAAAAAACAAAUUCAGAA